AUGAUACCAAAGAGAACCCAGUUCGAUGUCCUCCACAAUGGCACCAAACGCGUUCUUCCCCCUCAGCGAUUCCGAGUCGAAGUGCCCAAAAAUCGAUGUGGUAAUCGGGAAAUAGAUGACUCGACUCGUGACGCUUACCUGAAUCAGCAUAACGAGUACAGGUCGAUCCUAGCAAGAGGAGGAGGAUUCAACGGAAAUCUGCUUGGCUAUGCACCUGAAGCUCAGAAUAUGCAGAAAAUGGUCUACGACUGUUCUGCUGAGAAAUCCGCUCUCAGGCAUGCGAAAACUUGCUCCGGUGAGCUAUCAGACAAAUCAACUCGUCCUGGAUUCAAAGAAAACAUUAUCAAGCUUUUCAAGAAUUACUUGAAUGACACGGAUGUUGGGAAACAUGCAUCGUUCAGAUGGUGGAAAGAGCUGUCCCUGUAUGGAGUGAAUAUCGAGAUGCGAUUCACUUCAGAAGUUCGAUAUCGUCAAACACAGAUUGUGACCCACUUUACUAAGAUGGCAUGGCACAACAAUGUCAGACUGGGAUGUGGUCAUCACCGAUGCGAUGGUUUCAUAUUUGCUGUGUGCCACUAUGGGCCUGGUGGCAACGUAAUCGGUGAAAACAUCUACAAUCCGGGCCACACAUGCUCCAGCUGUCCUGGAAACACCACUUGCAACAACAAAACGGGACUUUGUCACUGA